AGGACUUUUGAUCACCUGAGAGCGUUUUGACUGAAACUUGUUUUAGUAUUUCAUCACAAUUAUUGGUAAACGCGGUAUUACAGACUAUGGAAGGACAAAUUAAGACAUAUACAUUUAACAUGGAAAUGAGUUGUGAGGGCUGUGCUAAGGCCGCGAAGAGAGUUUUAAUGACUCUUGGAGAUGCAAUUAAGGAAGUCGAGACGAGUGUUGAGAACAAUACAGUCACCGUUCGAACCACUUUACCUGUUGAUGAUGUUUUGCACAAGCUCGAAGAAACGCAGAGGAAGAUUGUUUUGGUCACUUCCUAAUAAUAUACAAACUAAAUAUUCCAGAAAUACUUGUUACUAUUAAUAAAACUUGUGGGUAGUUGUUAAUAGACAUGGUAUACUUUCUCUAUAAUCAACCUUAUAAGGUUGGUUUAGUAAUUUGUUAGUACGGACUUUAAAAUCGUGUGGUAUUUCUAAAUAUGAGGUAGUUCACUGCUGAUGCUACAUAUUUUUGUCUAGACAUUUAUAGUAAUUUGUACUCACUAGUCGACCGGAUCUGGUCGAUUUAUUUAGAUGUAAAGUUUGUAAGGUAUGGGAGAGCUGAACAACCAACUAACUUCAUUUGUGCCGUAUUGUGUCAUCAAAACACAAGUGCAAAGAAAUCAAUCAGUUUAUACUAGCUAGUCAUAAAACACUGGAUAGAUAGCUUACUAACCAACCAUUAGGCAUAAAACAGUUCAAGUUAAAAUGUCCAGGUCUUUAAAUUAUUCUUAGUAAACUAUUUAUAAACACCAGACUUGUUUAAAGAGUGGUUCCUUACUUUGCAGGUCCCUUAAAUAAUAUCAAGUACUACAGCAAUAUAACUAAUUGUUGGGUGUAUAAUAUUUGGUCACAAGCGGCGUUCAAAUAUUGCCCACCAAUAACGAAACUACAGAGUGAACAACAAUGAUGUUAAGGAAAGAGUUAUACAUACAGAUGGUAUUUGGACCGAAUGAAUUUCUAAACAACAGGUGGUUGGGCCAUGUACGAAUCUAUCCAGUCACCGCCUCUAUGUUGACGGACAUAUAAAUAGAAUGAACGAAUAGUAUUGGGCGUCAGGUCAAGAUAUAUCAUCAGUACCUAAACCUAUAGGCUUUUUGGUUUAGCCGUAUUGAGAUUCCUGAUUGGGGGUUGGUGACAAAAUAUUAAUCACUCGCAGUGGACGGAUUUUAGGGAAGACAACACUUUUGAAACUGUGCAAUAGUUUGGGUUCACUGCCACGUACAUAGCGCUCGGAGCUCAGACGGAAUG